AUGAAGGUUCACUCUGACACGACCGGGCCAGACAAGGAGCCUACAAAUCCUAUUCGGCGGCUGGCUGGAAUUCAAAUGCCCGGCAGCAGCGCGUGUCUCCUGGAGAAAAAACAAGCGAUUGUGGAUCCUUUGGACGUCCUACGACAAGUUCAAGAGAAAAUCACUAAAUGGACAUUCAAAACGUUCAUCGAACGAAGAUUGAUCGGAAACUCGGAUUCGGCCGAUUUUACGGAGGCAUGGAAGUUAAAAUUUAGCCAUGCGCCAACAUGGUGUGAUGCUGAUAUGUCAUUACAACAAAUUCGACGGGGUGUUGCUCGGGGAAAUCGUAUUGCUCUGUAUUCGAGAAGUUUCUUUCAACACUGCCUAUUUCAAAUAGGUUGUUUCGUUCAACGAUGGGCAUGGUCCACAGUUGUUAUUUCAUUGCUUCUUUAUACUGCUUGCUGUGCUGGUCUUAGAGACGUUAUCAUCGAAACCGAUCUCGUCAAGUUAUGGGUGUCGCAGGGAGGUCGAUUAAAUGAAGAGCUCAAUUUUCUGUCAAGAGUACAAUCUGAGGCAAACAGGAUAUCAAAACGUGCUGCCGGAGAAGAACCAGUUGAAGCGGAAGUUCGGCGAGGACCAGAGUUACCGCGUGAAAAUGGUCUGGGCGGUGGAUUUCAGCUUGUCAUUCAAACUCCGUUCCAUCAAAACGAAAAUGUGUUAUCUCAAGAAUCCCUCCUGCGGCAUGUGAACCUUAUGGAAGAGAUCUCGAAGUAUGAGGUGGAGUUGUACGGCGAGAGAUGGACUCUAAGUGACAUUUGCUUCAAGCCACCAGGUCCAAAUUUCAACACGGGGCCAUUGGCUAAGUUGAUGAAUUCAUUGCUGGAUAAAAUCAUUCCCUGUAUCUGGAUCACUCCUAUUGAUUGCUACUGGGAAGGAUCGAAACCGUUGGGACCAAACCCGCCCAUAAAUCUAGGAGAUGAAGUCAGCGCAUUUGUCAGCUCCCUCCCAAAAGGUAAUGUAACGUGGAAGAACCUUAAUCCAACAGCGGUUAUGACUGAGGUUGGAGCGUUAUUUGAUCUCGGUCCAAUAGGAAACUUUUUCGAAAGGGCAGGAAUAGGUGCUGCAUAUCUUGAUCGUCCGUGUAUUGAUCCACUCGAUGUUGAAUGUCCGAAAACCUCUCCGAACUACUUCAACAGAUGUGCAGCGUUGGAAAAGUUUAACGAAUGGAACAUUGCGAAACAUGAUGCCGAAAAGAUUCAUCUUCAAAAGAAAGAACUACCUGAUGAUGAUGAUUUGGAUGGUCCAUCAAAACUUACCGAAUCAUUAUUGAGUGAUUUAUUCGGUCGUAAGAAACGUGAAGCCACAAAUAAUAAAAAAGAUGACGAUUAUUAUGCAUACGAAGAGUCUGACUAUGAUGUUACAGGCGUAGGAAACGCGACUAAAUCAAAGAAUAAGAAGGAUCCCAAAGAAAUCAUGUGUUUGGAGUACGGUGAAUCCCUGCUUCAUUGGAUGCGAGCUAAUCCUGAUCGUUGGGGAGAAUUCCUAACAGAGAAAGAGUUCCCGAAGACACCAGACUUCAAAAAGGUGAUGACAGGUGGCUGCAAAGGUUUUGGAAAGACGAUCAUGGAAUGGCCUGAAGACCUCAUUAUUGGAGGAGUUAAAAGAGAAGGAGGAAUGCUAAAGUCCGCUGAAGCGUUACAAAGUGUUUUCCUCGUGGCUAGCCCCUUUGACGUAUUCUUACGUUUUAAGGAGAAGAAAGACUCUCAUCCAAAUCUUGAUACCGCCAUGUGGAAUCCUGGAUGGGCCGAAGACGUUGUAUUUGCAUGGCAGAGGAACUUCACCAGAAAGCUUUAUGGACAUGAGGCUAACAAAAAUCCUGAAGAAAACCGUGUUUUCCAUCCAUUGGCAUCUACCUCUAUCGCUGAUAUGCUUGAGGAGUUCUCACAAUUCAAUUACACGAUCAUUAUCAUGGGUUACGUGCUUAUGGUGAUCUACGCUGCGUUCACUCAAGCUCGCAUUGACGGUCGAUGGCUUGCAAUCAAGUCAAAUGUUGCACUCUCAUUUGUGGGCGUGGUUUUGGUGACGUAUUCUUCAAUUUGUGGACUCGGAGUAACAACUGCCCUGGGGAUUCAUUUCAAUGUUGCAACGACACAAAUCGUUCCUUUCUUGUCGCUUGGUCUUGGAAUCGACGAUAUGUUCCUUUUGCUGCAUAACUACGAUGAGAUUAUACAUACUGCGAGAAGAGAUGAAAUGGGAAUUUUGCUGAAGGAAACUGGAAUGUCCGUCAUGGUCACUUCCAUAAAUAACAUUCUUGCAUUCUGUGCCGGUUACAUAUUGCCUAUUCCUGCAUUGAGGUCGUUCUGCUCACAGACCGCCGUUCUGCUCGCGUUCAACCUCAUUUCCUUGAUGUUUAUCUUCCCUGCUUUUAUCGGUCUGGACCUUCGCCGACUUCGUGCCGGAAGAAGAGAUCUGGUUUACUGCGGCCCAGGAGUCAGCGAAUCUGAGAAAGAAGAGAAGAACUCGGAAGGAAUUCCUAGCAACGCGGAUCUCACGAAUCCAGCAUACGUGGAGGCAUUCACACGUGAUCAACCAUGGUACACUGUUGGUGGUUUCCUCACGAAUUACUAUAUUCCAGCGCUUAAGAACCCAUUUGUGAAGUCCUUGGUUCUGCUAACGACUCUUUCUGGAAUAGGAUUCGGUUUGUACGGGAUGUACAGCUCUACGCUAGGACUUGAAUUAGCUGACGUUCUUCCAGAAAACACAGCACCAGCCGCUUUUAUGAGAGCUCGUGAGAAGUAUUUCUCCUUCUAUCCCAUGUUCGCUGUGCUAAGAGGUAAAACAAUAGAUAUUCCAAAUCAACAACCACUUAUUGAAGAGUACAGGGAAACCCUAGGAAAUACUAAAUAUAUUGUAAAAGCUAAUGGAAAUCUCCAACCGUACUGGAUGUCAAUGGUUCGAACGUGGUUAGAAUCUCUCGACACAGCCCUGGAGAAAGAGUUGAGAGCAGGGAAUUUAGAUGCAAUCACCGGAAAACCGGUGAAAGGAAAGGAGAAGCCGGCUCCCGAAGCAUUAAUUGCGCGCAGGCUGGUUUGUUCUUACGGUCACAACUAUAAUUGUACAGGAAGGGUUGGUCAUAUUAAGAUGGUAGAGAACGGAAUUAUACGCCCGGAAAGUUUCUAUAAUUAUCUAACCGGAUGGUACAACGUGGAUAACAUGAUGUACUACGUAUCUCAGGCCUCAUUCCAGCCAGCACCACCCGUUUGGCACAUGGGACCGGCUGAAACAGUGGUACCACCAGCCCGUAAACUACUCUACAGUCAAAUUCCUUUCUAUCAGACGAAUCUCACUGAUACACCAGCUAUUGUGGAUAUGAUUGAGGAAGUUCGAGCUGUAUGUGAACAGUACACUACUAAAGGUCUUUCCAAUUUCCCAUCCGGCAUUGCGUUCACAUUCUGGGAGCAGUACCUCUUUUUAAGGUGGAAUCUCUUCUGUGCUAUCUGUAUCAUUGCAUUUGCUGUGUUCGCUGUCAUUUCAAUUAUGAUGUUCAAUCCAUGGGCGGCCGCCAUGGUUAUGGUUAUUGUCGUGAUUGUUACCAUAGAGUUAGGCGGUUUCAUGGGUAUACUUGGAGUAAAGAUGAACCCGAUCUCUGCUGUCACUCUCAUUUGUGCUGUCGGAAUAGGUGUUGAAUUCACUGCUCACGUUGUGCUGGCGUUCUUAACGUCGCUUGGCUCAGUCGAAGAUCGUCUCGAGUCAUGUUUGCAACAUAUGUUUGUGCCGGUAUUCCACGGAGCCAUAUCAACGUUACUCGGUAUCGUCAUGUUGGUAUUCUCUGAGUUCGACUUUGUCAUCAAAUAUUUCUUCGUGGUAAUGUCAACGCUGGUGGUUUUGGCCGUGUUCAAUGGCUUAUGUUUGCUACCGGUGUUGUUAACAAUUAUUGGACCAGAGCCAGAGUUAGUACCAUUGGAUGGUUCCUGUCGAUUACCAGCCCCACCACCUUUAAGUGAGCAAUACAAAAAGAAAGCAGCCUUUGGGAUUGAGAACGGCUUAAGGCAUCGGAAAGGUGCUGAUGUAGAAAUGUCAGCGAAAAAAGUUCGUAGCGAGGACAACAAUGAUUCUCCUAAGAAACUGUAG